UUCGACGUGCAGGAGCGCCCGACUGAACUCCGAGUUCUCUCGCUGGCGGUUGAGGUCCCGGCAGCCGCAGGAAAAACAGUCGGCGAACUGCACUCGUGUGUCCCAUGCUUUCUGCGAAAUGUUUCUCAAAACACGCCGGUUCGAAGUGAUCGGCGCACAGUUCGGAAUGCUCGCUAGGCACCCGGAGCCGACCGCGUUUCGGGUGACUUUCCCCGUCCGCCGCUCACGUCUUCCUUUUUCACUCGGAAAGCCAAAGAAACGCUUGGCGCCGCCUGAACCGUUUGUCCGACCGAACGCCACACAAUAAACCGCCGUGACGUCGCUAAAUCAUACGCGUCGCUCGAUGUGCUCGCCCGGAGGUGAUCACUUGCUCAUAAGUCCCAGACAGACGGCGUGGGAAAUAGAAUCACCGGAAACGGACCGCAGCGAGCCGGAGGCCCGGUCGAGGCCGGCGAAGGCCCGGUCGAGACCGGCCGACGGCGAGCGAGCCGAGUUUGAAACGUCCGUCGAAGCGGUCCGGAAACUCCUUUGAAAGGAGCGAGCGAGUCUUUCCCAGUCCGUGAUUUCGCUUAAGACGAAUGCAAACGCGGCGCACGGGUUCAGAGCGCACAGACACGCCGGCAGCCAUCUUGGAUUGACGUGUCGGUCGACUUCUUCCUGCUUCGUUGCCUCGCGCGCGCACACGCAGAUACUGGAAAAGAGGAAGUGAAGAUGGAGUGAGGAGGUUUCAGUUUCUUUUAAUGAGAAAGUCGUCAAGACACGGACGGACACCAUGCGGCGAUCUACAGGUGACGGCGACACUUUUUGCGCUCGACUCGGCGGACAUCUUUUGACCCUUUCCUCACACACUCACGGCAUUGUGUGCGCGCGUGUGUCAGGAGGAGGUUCGCAUUUGACCACCGGGGAGCUUCAGCAGCAGUUCCGAGAGAUGAAAAACUCCGACACGCGUCCCAAACUUCUCUUUCACGUCUCGGACGCGCAGCGAGAUGGACGACGCGCCGGCUGCGCGCAUGUGGAGGUGGCGCUGUUGAGCACCGGAACCUUCAGUCCUCGUCACGUGACGGUCGGGCGGAGCUACGCCGACUUUUCCCGCUUCCACCGCCGGCUGAAGACGGAGUUCGGAGAGGAGCUGGAGGGGGUGGAGCCACCGGGCCCGCGCCUCUGCGGGCGGGGUUUAGCGCCGCAGGAAUACCUGAGCCGAGCCUUCGCCGUUUGCGGGCACUCGCCGCUUUUUGCGCAAUUCCUGACGGAGCGGGAGCGCGCCGGCGCCGCGGCGCUGAUGCGCGCCGGACGCUACGCGGACGCGCUGGAGCACCUCGGCAGCGUCCUCGCCGUCCACGAGAAGCUUUUGCCUUGGCAGAGGCAGACGUCGACGACGGCGGCGGUCCCCGCGCUGGCCGCCGCGGCCGUGUGCCACCGCGACCUGGGGCGCCCCCGGGAGGCGCUGGCCGCCGCCCGCCGGGCGCUGCCCCCCGUCCGGCGCUACGGGAUGCGCCGCUACCGAGCGCCUCUGCUGCGCCUCCUGGUGGACUGGGAGCACGGCGCGGGGCGACCGGCGGCCCGGCUGCAGGAGGAGCUGACGGCGGCCGAGGACGGACGCCCCGCCUCCGCGCGCUCCCUGAAGGAGGUCGCGCUGGAGGACUUGGCCGACUGAAACGGGAAGCGUUUUUCACGUGUGUCCACUAGAGGCGCCGUUCAAACUCUCCUCCUUCAUCUCGUCUCCUUUUUUCUUGUAUUAACGAAUUCCAAAUCACUGAGUGGGAAAUGCUCCAAAUAACGUCGAGGCAACCCCGCCGACAGUUGUGGUGCAAAUUCCUCUUUGGCGGAAUCAUUAAGGAAGCGAUCUGGUCUGUAUUUUUGGCAAAUAAAAAGAGCAAAAGAAAGAGAGGGGGAGACGGCCGGCUGACCGCGUGCUCCUCGCAAGCUGCCCCUCUCUCUCUCAAGCCGAAACACAAAGAAAAAGAAAAAGAUGAGGAGGACGCUCGGUCAGUCAGAUUCGGGACAUUUCCAUCAUCGGCUGCGGGAACGAACAGACAAAAGACAAGCUCAGACAUCCCGGAGAAAGAGAAUUCAUCAGAAAGGCGAAGACGAGCCGUCUUGCUCGUGACUCGCCGAUUGGCCUACUUGAGGAUGUUUUCUUUUUGGGACUCGUCGGCCAUUAUUAUCUUUGAUUUGAGUUUUUUGCCUCAGAUAGAAGGACUGCUUUGGCGCCGCCGGGAAACUACGUCGAAGUGAGCCGCGGCGCUUCGUUUCGACAAAAGUCGUGUUUUUGGGGGUGUCGCGUACAAUGAACCCCGCAUAUUUGCAGUUUAUUGACUGAAAACUCACCUAUUUGCGGCAGGGGCGGUUCGACAUGCACAUAGUGUACGUUCGUCGCUCGUCGAGUGACAGGCAGGAGAAGGGGCGUGGCCCAUCGCCAACGUGUUCUUCGACUGACGAGGAGGAGGGAAUCCGUUUGGAAGGCGAGCGUCGACGAGAUCGUUCGGCCGACAGACGGAAUUCACGCCACCCCUAAAAAUAAUCGGGAAAUUGCCUCUCGGGCCACUUAAGGUCAGGACAAUGAAAACACUUGAAAUCCAACCCAAUAUGCAGCUAACAUCUCAAAAGCGGCAGCGAUCAGCAGCAAGAAAGUUUGGCAAAAAGAGGCCACCUUUCAAAUGAAAUCUUAAGGAAACUCCACAGCUCACUUCAACAUAGUUCCUUGUAACUAACUAACUUUUUUUUUUUUUUUAAUAAUAAUCGAUUGUUCUGUUGGUUAUUUUUGGUUUAUUUUUGAAUUUGUAUCCCUUGAUUAAAAAACAUUAUUGUUUUCAAUCUUUGCUGAAAUGCACAAACAUAGAUUCUGAUUGAGUUACUGCUUGUGAAUGAUCCACCAUAAGAUCUGUCAGAGAGAGGGCAAAAUUGUUCAUCAUUAUUUUCCAAAACUAAAGCAGAUAUUUGCAAAUAUCUUGUUUUGAUGAAAUGCAAAAAUAAUCAAUAAACAUCUUCAAGUUCCUGGGAAUUACAAUCUCUCAGGACCUGAAGUGGGCGACCGACAUCGACUCCGUCCU